AUGCAGGAUGCAUUUGCAGCUGUUGCACUGCGGCUGGAGUCGCUCAAGGCAGCCGUUGCCCACAAGGAGCUGGGCGGCGGGCAGGAUGCCCAUCAGUUGGCCGCAAUCAUGAGCCUGACGCAGGAGCUGGAGGCCCUGCUGCAGCCCCAGGACCCCGCCGCCGCUGCCGCAGGCCCCCAUAGCGCACCAGGAGCGGCCAUGCAAGGUGCGGCAGCUGCUGAGGCGGCAAUGGCGCAGCCCGCCGCUGCCGCUGCGGUCAAGGCUGCCGGGCUACCGGCCACGCCCUUUGAGCAGCGCCGCGUCCCAGCCACCGGCCCCGCCACCGCCGUCAAGGCGCCGGCGCCCACCCCCGGCGGCGGCCUCCCAGCCACCACGCCGCUGGCAGCAGAGGUGCUUGCCAGCCUGAACAACCUGGGGCCCGGCGGCGGCGGCGGCAGCAACGUGGCAGCAGCCACCGCGGGGCCAGCAGUGGCAGCAGACAGGGCAGACGGCGACGCCGCUGCCACACUUAGCGGCCUGUUCGGCGGGAUGGACCGGCUGCCAUCGGGCGCUGGCUCCACCCUGCUCCAGCAGCAGCAGCAGGCGGCGGCGGCGCACGCAGACCCGGCCCUGGCAUCCCUCCUGCAGGGCAGCCAGCUGCUGGGGCCGCCCCUGCCGGCGCAUGCCGCCGUGAUGGCCGCCGCCGCCGCUGUCGCCGCCGCGGGGCCCGCCCUGCCCGUGCCGCGGCGCCAGUCGGCGACGCUGCCGAUGCUGCCGCCGCUGGGCGCGAGCCAGGCGCGGGAGCAGCGCCCCUGCAACUGCAAGCGCAGCAUGUGCCUGAAGAUGUAUUGCGAGUGCUUCGCAGCAGGCGGCUUCUGCGCCCCCUCCUGCUCCUGCCUCAGCUGCAGCAACACGCCGGCGGAGAUGGGAGUGGUGAUGGCGGCGCGCGAGGUGGUGCUCGCCAAGAACCCAAACGCAUUUGAAGUCAAGGUCACCGCGGCGACCGGCCACCGGCGGGGCUGCCGCUGCAAGCGCAGCAAGUGCCUGAAGAAGUAUUGCGAGUGCUUCCACGCGGGCGCGCGCUGCAACCCGGAAGUGUGCCAGUGCGAGGACUGCCGCAACACGGAGGGCGACGCCAUGCUGCUGCCGCUGCUGGGCCGCGCCAAGGCCCAGGCGGCCGCAUGGGCCGACGCCUCGCCGGACGUGCUGGCCAUGUUCCAGCAGCCGCUGCCACCGCUGGCGGCGGCGGGCAGCGGCGGCUCGCAGGCCUCUGACGGCGAGGGCGGGGCGCGCGGCCUGCCGCUGCCGCACGCUCCCUUCUCCUUUGCGCUGCCGCCCAUGCCGGAGCCGGCGCUGCACUCUGCUGGCUCCCUCCCCGCCUUCCAACCCGCCACCAGCGCCUCCCUGCUGGCCGCCUUCCCGCCAGGCUCCCUGUUUGCGCCGCCGCCCAUGCCCGAAUUCGACCCGGCAGCGGCGGCGGCCUUCCAGCUGCACCCGGCGGCCGCCGCGGCCGCGGCCACCUUUGCGGCGGCGGCCACGGUGGCAGAGCAGCAGGCGCAGCUGGAAGAAAGCAUGGCGGACGCAGCCUCCUUCCCCGUGGCGGCGCCGGGCGCACCGCCCGCCGUGCCUGCCGCCGCCAGGGUGGCCUCAGCGCUCACCUCGCACCUGUCUGACGUGGCAGGCGAGGCAGCCGACCCCGAGAUGCACGACACAGCCACCUCGCCCGCGCCGCACAUGGCCGUCGCCAAGCUGGCGGCCCGCCGCACGCUGGCUGCAGCCAUGGCGCCCACACUGACCGGCGGCGCCGCGGCCGGUAACACGGGCCGGCCGCCGCUGCCCAGCAGGUGUGCUGCUCGCGCAUGUCCCCCCGCCCCGCGCCCCGAGCCCUCUGAGCGGGCCGGCAACUUUGAUGGGUACGAUCAGGAGGCCGCGCAGGCGGCUGCCUAUGCAGCAGGCUGCUACAACAAGGCCGUGAUCACCGAUGCACGCACCAAGAGGGCCGCCUGUGUCGAUUAA